AUGAAGAAUGGCCCACAAAACUGCUGUCAGUGCUCGUCUCGUCUGGUGCAGAGAACCGAAGAGCAUCUGAACCUGCAAUUCUGUGAUGUGAUUUCUCAGAGCAGCUGCGACCUCAAAUGUUCAUCUUCAAGUCUCUCUGCUGUUCUCCAGCCUCCUGUAUCAGAUCCUGUUGAACUGGGAGGAGAUACAACUUUGCAGUGUUCAAUACUCACAGAUGCGUCUGCAGGAGAUCACAGUGUGUACUGGUUCAGACAUGGAUCAGGAGAAUCCCAUCCAGGAAUCAUUUACACUCAUGGAAACAGGAGUGAUGAGUGUAAGAAAAGCUCUGAGACUGAUUCUCCUACACAGAGCUGCGUCUACAAACUCCCCAAGAGAAACCUCAGCCUCUCUGAUGCUGGAACUUACUACUGUGCUGUGCUCAUGUGUGGAGAGAUCAUCAUUGGGAAUGGAACUAAACUGGACUUUGUAGAGAAACGUGCUUUGGACCCAACCAUUGUGGUGUUAGUGGUGUCGAACAUCAUCGCUCUGAGUGUGGCUUUGUUUAUGUGCAGAAAACACAGCAGUCAUCAUAAAGAUGCUGCUGAAGCUCAUGCGUAUCAGCCUGCAUGUGGGGAAGCUUCAUACUUUGCAGCAGACACUUUCAGAGAUGAACCACAGCAGAAGACUGAAGAUGUGAACUCGAAGGUCAUUUAUUACCAACAAAACUGAACUUUAUAAAAUUUAGAAGACUCUCUCCCCUUUUUACG